AUGGACGGCCGCAAGUCUAUGGCGAGCACGACCUUUGCGACUGGCCUCGAAGUGCCGCUCGACAGCUGUGCGCAGAGCCUGCACGCGAGUUGCCAGCUCCUUCAUGCAGCCAUGGUAAGCAUGCAUGCUGCCACGUACGACGUCCCGCGACUGCAAAGGAUAUUACACAAUACCAAGUGCUAUGAUCUCGUGACGGGGACGCAAGUCAGGGAUGCUCAGGACGCUCUCAGUGACGAGAUUGGACCGCAGCUAGACGAGUUGAUGGGCAAGGCAGCGCAAGGUCUCGUCAAGCUCCAGACGCGCGAAGAGACGCUGGUACAGCGAGCCCAAGCACAGCGAGCAAAGGAGGAGCAAGCUGCCAGAGAGGCAGAGCAGGAUCCACGUCAUGAGCUCGUGGCAAGGCUAGCGAAGCUCGAAGAGCAAAGGGACGCCUUGCAGCUGGAGCUCGCACAAGCCUCUGCUUGA